ACGGUCAGGAAUACCAAAGAGAAGGCGGCGUAUUGCAUUGUGGUGGAAUUCAGUUGUGUUACAAGUUUGUGAUUGAGAGAACUUAAUUAUUUUUUUCCUCGGGGAGAGUAUUCUGUACUCUGUUUGCGCUGAUGGAACAGUCUUAAAAAGGUCAACACGUUUUUCCUUCGGAGAAAAGGAAUGAAAGAAUGAGCAGUGCCGUGCACAAGAAGACUGGAAACCUAAGUGCAAAUGUUGGCGUUAGACAGGCAAAGGCUUGCAAAGAAGCUGUAAUAUUAGAUUCUGAGCCCGUUACUGAAGAAACCAUUAUUAAGAAGGGAUUUGCUUCGCCGGAAGACGUACUGAGACUUCCUAAAAUAACAGAAAAUUACUUGUGUUCUCCAGAGGCAAAUAUCUAUGACAUAGACUUUACUCGGUUCAAGAUAAGAGAUCUGGAAACUGGGACUGUGUUGUUUGAAAUUGCAAAACCACCAGCUGCAGAUGUUGAAGAUGCUGAUUCUGAUCCUGAACGAGAGGAGUCUGAUCCAAAUGCCGGUAGAUUUGUUCGUUACCAGUUUACACCCCAGUUCCUUAAGCUAAAGACUGUGGGAGCAACAGUUGAGUUUACUGUUGGAAAUAAACCAGUCAGUAAAUUCCGGAUGAUUGAAAGACAUUUCUUCAGAGAUAAACUGUUAAAGAGUUUUGAUUUUGAAUUUGGUUUCUGCAUACCUAACAGCAAGAAUACAUGUGAACACAUUUAUGAAUUUCCAACGUUGCCACCAGAGCUAGUGAAGGAGAUGAUUGCUCACCCAUUUGAGACCCGUUCAGACAGUUUCUAUUUUGUAGAUGACUGUCUAAUAAUGCAUAAUAAAGCUGACUAUGCUUACGAUGGUGGGCUUCAGCAGUGAACAACAUUCACUUGGAUGGCUGUUUUCUACAUUCCAUUAAUUUUUCUUCAGUUAACUAUUUUAUAUAUUUUUUUAAAAAAAUUUUAAACUGACAAGCAUUCCAUUGAUUUUUUGUUUUCUUACUUGGAAUAUUUAUUUUUUGUUAUAAAUUAUUAAGACAUAUUGGAUUUAUUAAUCCAAAUAAAAAUAUGUUUUUACUUGAA